AUGAAUGACGAACACAAUUAUGAAUGGGAAACCAUCACAGCAGAGCUAAACAUCAUAAAACCAGUGAAUGAGAUUGAAAUACAGGACGUGCUAGGCAAGAGUCUUGACAAACUAGAAAAAUGGGAAGCAUUCUACAAAAUGUACGCGAAACGGAUGGGUUUCGGCACAAGGAAAGACGAUGUACGACGUUCUCAUGGGGUCAUUGUAAUGCGGAGAGUUGUGUCCGAUGGGUUGCUUGCCCAAGUUAGGUCGAUGAACUCCGUAGGAAUUAAAACUGCCAACAUAAUGUCUCAUGUUGCUUUGCAAAGUGGAGGUUACGAGAAAAUGCCAUGUCAACUUCGAGAUGUGUACAACAGGGUUGCUGGUGCGAAGCGAGAAGAGAAGAUAGAGACGGACUCAGAAGGGGCUCUGGGAUUUCUUGAUUGUCUCGCAGAGAAGGAUCCUAAUUUCUUCGUUGUCUAUCAGGUUGACGACGAGAAUCGCUUGGCUAACUUAUUCUGGGCAGAUGGAAACUCACGCGUGGACUAUGUAGCUUUUGGGGAUGUACUAGGAUUUGACACAACCUACAUUACAAAUGAGUACAAUAAGCCCCUCAUUGUUCUCAUUGGCGUCAACCACCAUUUCAACACAUGCAUCUUCGGCUUUGCUCUCCUCCUCCACGAGAAGCUUCCAUCAUAUUCUUGGCUACUUCAAAAAUUUCUAGAAUGCCAUGGAGAUAAGAAGCCAAAUGUUGUAGUUACUGACCAAGAUGCGGCCAUGAAACAGGUUAUCGUUGAACACAUGCCUGAUGUUACGCACCGUCUCUACGCUUGGCAUCUCAAUACAAAUGCUUCGAAAAAGGUUAAAGAUCCGAUCUUCUUAAAAACAUUUAAGGAUCUCAUGUACAACUACUACGAGGAGGAAGAAUUUGAAGCAAGAUGGUUAGACGUCAUCCAAACCCAACAACUAACAGAUAAUGAAUGGUGUCAAACAACAUUCGAGUCAAGACAACAAUGGGCAGAAACUUAUUUAAGGGGUUCAUUCGUUGCAGGAAUGAGAACCACACAACGUUGUGAAUCCAUCAACUCCGCUCUAAAAAUUUUUUUAGAGAAGAAUGAUUGCUUGCGUGAAUUUGUAACAACCAUAGAUAUGACAGUCUCAAAGCUCAGACACAACGAGACUGCAAAUGACUUCAAAAGCAGAUGCACUCGACCUCACCCACCUAAUCCUACAUGCUUGACCACUUACUACAACCAAUGUGCUGAAUUCUACACAAGAACUAUGUACCACAAGGUUGCUGAGCAGCUUGAUUUAGAGAAUAACUAUUUUGUCAUAAGUCAGGAGCAAGAAGGAGAGUGGCAGAUAUUCACCAUUGGAAAGUUUCAGCAUCAGGACGUCCAAUACUGA